CGCGCGCAGGUCCGCGGGGAGGGGCAGUCUGCCCAAGGGUCCACCCCAGGGCGUUUCCGAAGGGCGCCCUUGGCUGCCCCCAUUACCCCCCAGAUGUACUAUGCGGUUUCCCAGGCGCGCAUGAACGCGGCCCCCGCGACCAUGCUGCAGCCACAGCGUCCGGGAGACGUGCAGCUGGGAGCGUCCCUGUACGAGUUAGUGGGCUACCGGCAGCAUCCCUCCUCCUCCUCUUCGUCCGCCUCCUCCACAACGGCCCCUCUUCUCCCCAAGACUGCUCGUGAGAAGCCCGAGAUGCCCGCCGAACCUCCGGGCUCCGGAGCGGGGCUGGGAGCACACGCCGGCGGCGGCUCGCGGGCGGACCCCAAAGAGGAGCAACAACAGCAGCUGCGGCGCAAGAUCAACAGCCGCGAGCGGAAGCGCAUGCAGGACCUCAAUCUGGCCAUGGACGCGCUGCGCGAGGUCAUCCUGCCCUACUCGGCGGCGCACUGUCAGGGCGCGCCGGGCCGCAAGCUUUCCAAGAUCGCCACGCUCCUGCUCGCCCGCAACUACAUCCUGCUGCUGGGCAGCUCGCUGCAGGAGCUGCGCCGCGCGCUGGGCGAGGGCGCCGGGCCGGCCGCGCCGCGCCUGCUGCUGGCCGGCCUGCCCCUGCUCGCCGCCGCGCCGGGCUCCGUGCUGCUGGCGCCUGGCGCCGUGGGGCCUCCCGAGGCGCUGCGCCCCGCCAAAUAUCUGUCAGUGGCGCUGGAGGAGCCGCCGUGCGGCCAGUUCGCGCUCCCCGGAGGCGGCGCGGGCGGCCCCGGCCUCUGCACCUGUGCCGUUUGCAAGUUCCCGCACCUGGUCCCGGCCGGCCUAGGCCUGGCCGCAGUGCCCGCCCAGUUCUCCAAGUGAGCGCCCUCCGGCCCGCGGCGCGACCUCGCCACGGCCUCCCGCCGCCCAGCUCCUGCGCGCCCCCGCGCCCUGCGCCCAGGACUGCUGCGCCAGCAAGGAGCGCCUUCGGAACCUGCUCUCCCAGAGAAGGGGACUGUCGGGCUCCCCCUUGCCUGCCCCCACCCCAGGGAAAUUAAAGUGACCCGAGCGGAUGUUCGACGGAGCGUCGGCGCUGUGGGGGGCCCGGGUCAAUUCCAGCUGCUUUGGGCAGCGAGUGCGCUCCUCCUUCACUCUCACCCUGUUCCCUGGAGCUGUGUGCUUCGCUUUUAGGGAGCCGCGUUCGCCCUGGGUGCGGCGGGAGGCCAGCUCCAGGUGCCGCAGCUCACAGAGGCGACACCUGCAGAGCCAGUGGACCAAAGGACUGAGCUCCAAGGGCAGGGGAGGGGUUAUUUCCGUGUCUUCCCCGCGAUCCCCGUGCUAGAGGUCACAGGCAUCCCUGUUCCCACCAGGUAAACCCCGUCCAAGGAAGCUGCCCGACCUCAGGAGGCGGAGAAAGACCAGGUAGUCGGUGCAGUGUCCGGGCAAAGCAGACGCACCGGCCCUCUGCGCCCGAUGGGAGCCGGCCGUGACACCCUGGGGUCGUUCGCUGGGCUGCUGGUUUGGAAAGUGGGUCCGCUUCGGUGCCGGGUUGUUCGAGUGCAGUUUUGGAGGGUCGCAGAACGAGGUGUGCUGUUGCAGAGCUGACUGGCUCCGAAGUCCUGGGGUCCCCCUCGAAGGACAGUGUAGAACUCCAGACUCCCCGUUUUGUUGCCCCGCCCCCCCCCCCAAGCAACCUUGGAACUUGCUUCAAAGCCAAAACCGGCCUGCGUUGGCGCACUCCGCGGCAGGGUUUGCCGAAGUAGGCAACGGGGCCCUUCCCAGCCGCCAGCAGGUCAGGAAGCGCGGUAGCCAGUUAACGUUCUCUCUUACUAAAAGACGAGGAGGGCGACCCGGGCCCCAAGCCGCCCUGGGCUCGGGGUUCCCGCUGCGGUGGCAGUGGCAACCGUGGGAUGUAGUUUUCUGCGCUGUCCUCUUGCCCUGUGGGGUCUUCUGGUCUUUGCAGUUGAAGCACCAAGUAGGUGAUUGGUCGCUGUGUGUUACCAGCAUCAACAAAUUACUUCGCCCACCAUUAUCUGACCAUAUGCAAGCUGUUUUGCUUUGAAUUUUACGUUUAAGGUGUUUGGUUGUUGGUAGUGGCCAAAUUUAACUGGCAUUUUAUUUUAUCUUUAACUUUGUUUCCAUGCACUGGGAAGACUCGAGGAAAUAAAACAUGGACAGAC